AUGUCGACUAUUUCAACCCCAUCCAUGGACUUUCGAUCAUUCGUCCAAGCCCUCAGAGACGAUGGCGACUUGGUCGAUAUCAAUGAAGAAUGCGACCCAAACCUCGAAGUCGGUGCUAUCAUUCGGAAAGUGGUAGAAAACGAUGAAAAGGCGCCUUUGUUCAACAAGCUGAAGGGUCAAAAUGAGAACGGGCUCUGGCGUAUUCUCGGCGCGCCAAACUCAUUGAGAUCGGAUCCCAAGCAGAGAUUUGGUCGAUUGGCUCGACAUCUAGGCCUGAAGCCCACAGUCUCAAUGAGGGACAUACUGAAUAAGAUGAUUGCUGCGAAAACAGCUACUCCUAUCCCUCCCCAGAUCGUCGAAACUGGUCCAUGCAAGGAGUUUCAGCUUACUCCAGAUCAUUUUGACUUGAAUGAACUGCCAUCUCCAUUCUUGCACAAAGCAGAUGGUGGUAAAUACAUCCAAACCUACGGCAUGCAUAUUGUUCAGUCUCCAGAUGGAAAGUGGACCAACUGGUCGAUUGCUCGUGCUAUGGUACACGGGAAAAAUGAAUUGGGCGGUCUUGUAAUCGAACCUCAGCAUAUUUGGCAAAUACACCAAAUGUGGAAGAAGGUCGGGAAGGAUAUGCCAUGGGCAUUGGCCUUUGGUGUGCCCCCAGCUGCUAUCAUGGCUGCAAGCAUGCCUCUACCAACGGGUCUCUCGGAAGCUGAAUAUGUUGGUUCACUUGUCGGUGCGCCGUUACAGGUUGUGAAGUGCGAAACGAACAACCUUUAUGUCCCCGCCAACGCUGAGAUUGUUUUCGAGGGAACUUGCUCAAUCACAGAGAGGGUGCCAGAAGGGCCCUUCGGCGAAAUGCAUGGCUACGUUUUCCCUGGAGACACUCACCCGUGGCCCAAAUAUGAUGUUGAAUUGAUCACACACCGUAAAGACGCCAUUCUGCCAGUCUCAAACUGCGGAAGACUGACUGACGAGACUCACACUAUGAUCGGUCCCCUUGCGGCAGCUGAGAUUGGGUUCCUCCUGAAAUCGAAGGGGCUGCCCAUCAAGGAAGCAUUUUCUCCAUUUGAGUCACAGGUUACAUGGGUCGUUUUGCAAGUUGAUACGGAGAAACUUCGCGCAAUGAAAACCACGCCAAAGGAGUUCUGUAACCAGAUUGGUGAAAUCGUUUUCAAGGACAAGGUUGGGUAUACAAUCCACCGACUCGUCGUUGUUGGUGAUGACAUUGAUGUCUAUGACUUCAAGGAUGUAAUCUGGGCAUUCAGCACACGCUGUCGUCCGGGUAUCGAUGAAUACCUUUUCGAGGACGUGGCUGGCUUCCCGCUGAUUCCCUAUAUGUCUCAUGGUAACGGGCCUCGAGAUAAAGGAGGAAAGGUUGUGUCGGACGCAUUGCUGCCUAUUGAAUACACGGCGGGGCGAAAUUGGGAGGCGGCUGAUUUUAAAAACUCUUUCCCUCCAGAGAUCCAAGAUAAGGUGCUUGCAAGGUGGGAAGCCCUUGGAUAUACAUCUUAG